CUUGAAUGACGCAUUCUUUUUUCAAUUUGCGCAGGCGCAGUUGAACGUAGCAACCACAGCCAUCUUACCAGCGCUGACAAAAUGGCAGAAAUUGAAGAAACUAUAAAGAGGCUCCAGGCACACAAGGGAGUUAUUGGAGUUAUUGUAGUCAGCAGUGAAGGUAUCCCAAUCAGGAGCACACUUGAUAACUCCACCACUGUCCAGUAUGCCACCUUGGUUACCUCGUUAUGUGGAAAGGCAAGGCACACUGUCAGAGACCUAGAUCCAGCAAAUGAUCUGUCUUUUGUAAGGAUUAGAUCCAAGAAACACGAGAUUAUGGUGGCACCGGGUACGUAUUGAAUUGGCGUCAGAAUC